AGGACGCCACGCUAUUGGUCAGCGUGUGCCCGGAAUGAAAGCUGUGUUAUUUAUAAAGAGCUUAUAAACAUAAUCGUGACUCCAAACUGCGAGUGUGAAGUCAGAAUCCGGAGUGUUUUCGACUCGUGACAGCGAGUGUGUGUGUGUGAGUGUGUGUGUGUGUGUGUGAGAGAGUGUGUGUGUGUGUGUGUGAGACACUCAUCUGAUCCCGGGGUUUAUUUCUCGGACGGAUACACAGAGAGAGAGAGAGAAGAACAGGGUGUACAAACUUUUGCACGUGGAUUCGUGUGUAGAGUUGGAGCUGAAAUGUUGGUGGAGGAGAUCAACAGCAGGCAGGUGGAUGGCUGAGCUGUCACACUGAGAGAGUGUGUGUGUUUAAGGGUUCCUCAGAAGACAUGUCUGGUUCGUUUAGAAGAUCUGCACCAGCACCCAUCAUGUCGAACCAGGAUGUGAGUGAGAACUCUCCUCUACUAGACAGCUCAGGGACUCUUUCCAGAGCGGAGCCGAUAUUCCGAGGUCGUUAUCUGGCCUGCGCCGCCAUCCUGCUGGCCGAGUCUCUGGAGCGCGUAGCGUUUUACGGCAUCACUUCCAACCUGGUGCUGUUCCUCAACGGCAGCCCGUUUUACUGGGAGGGAACUCUGGCCAGCCAGACGCCGCUCAUCUUCAUGGGCGUGACGUAUCUGGUGUCUCCGUUUGGAGGCUGGUUGGCCGACGCCUGCCUCGGGAAGUUCUGCACCAUUGCGGGGAGCUUUGCGUUGUAUUUGUUGGGAAUGCUGUUUUUUCCGUUCGUGUCCAGCGAUAACACUCGGGUGGCUCUGUGUGGAGAGGAGAUGGCGUUUCCUGUACAGCCGGCCGAGUGCUACAGCAUCAACGGAUCACUUCCUGCCACCGUCAGCUGCCCGACCCGGAAAGCCUACUGCAGUCCAGUGAUCUACACGGGCCUGGUUCUGGUGGCUGGGGUGGGAGCGGUGAAGUCAAACAUCACACCAUUUGGAGCAGAUCAGGUGAAGGAUCGCGGUCCCGAAGCCACGCGCCGUUUCUUUAACUGGUUUUACUGGUGCAUUAAUCUGGGUGCGAUCUUGUCUCUGGGCGGCGUCGCGUACAUCCAGCAGAACUUGAGCUUCUCGGUGGGAUUCACCAUCCCCACAGUCUGUCUCGGGAUCUCGCUGGUCGUCUUCCUCCUGGGACGCACCGUCUUCAUCACUAAACCGCCAGACGGCAGCGCCUUCACACACCUGGUGAAAAUCCUGGCUUCAGCCUUCUGUGGAGGACCUGAGGACCCUCAGCUGUUUAGCAGGACAAAGCCGAGUCUCUUGGACGGAGCAAAGGUGACCUACGGAGGAAGAUUUUCCGAAGAAAAAGUAGAAGAAGUGAAAUCGCUGCUGAAAAUCCUGCCUGUGUUUCUGGCACUCAUCCCUUACUGGACCGUCUAUUUUCAGAUGCAGACGACGUAUUACCUGCAGAGUCUCCACCUGCGCAUCCCCGGCACCGAGGCACAGAACUCCACAGAUCUCCAGCAGACACGUUUCGUGUUCCCGCCUGCGUGGUUAACGAUGGUGGAUGCUGUGUUGAUCCUGAUGCUGAUUCCUCUGAAGGAUAAAGUUGUGGAUCCGAUGCUGAAGCGCAGAGGUCUGCUGCCGUCCUCACUCAAGAGGAUCGCCUUCGGAAUGUUCUUCGUCAUGUGCUCCGCCGUCGCUGCUGGUAUAUUGGAGACAAAGAGAUUGGAGAUUGUCCGUAAUGAAGGCACAAUCAAUCAGGACCUCGGUGGAGUGACGUAUUAUGCAGCCAACCUGCCAAUAUGGUGGCAGAUUCCUCAGUAUGUCCUCAUCGGCAUCAGCGAAAUCUUUGCCAGCAUCGCAGGGUUGGAGUUUGCGUACUCGGCGGCUCCACGCUCCAUGCAGAGUGCCAUCAUGGGGCUGUUCUUCUUCUUCUCUGGUAUCGGCUCGUUCGUGGGCUCCGGCCUGCUCGCCAUCGCCGCUCUCAAACCAAUCGGCUGGAUGUCCUCACACCAGGACUUCGGAAACAUCAACAACUGCACCCUGAAUUAUUAUUUCUUCCUCCUGGCCGGUAUUCAGGGCGCCACACUCCUCCUCUUCCUCUGCGUCUCGCUCAAAUACGAUAAGCAGAGAACCAAAGUGAACCACAGGUCUUCAUUUAGCUCCUGACCUCACACACACACACACACACACACACACACACACACACAUAUACACACACACACACACACUCACACUGCGGAUUUCCCAGCAUGCCUGAGCAGGAGGACCCGUGCCACACUACCGCCUGCAGUUAUUUAUAUAUUUAGUGUUUCCUCUCUUCAGUCUCGUUAAAUCAGAAUCACGUGUUACUGACUCGAGUCUCGGAGUUCAACAACUUCCUGCUCUUCAACUUCCUGUUCCUGACUUUGGGUUUGAUCUCUGCUGUGCCUCAGGACGUUACAGAGCAUUAGUGACGUUUUGAUUUUGAAUCAUUCUUCAGCAGAUCUUCUGCAUAAAUCUGAGAUUUUUUACAGUGCAAAUACACUGCAAUGCCAAAAGUAUUGGGACAUCCAACUUGGUGACACACACACGUGGUUCCACCCAUUUGUGAUUGUCAGGGGGUUCAAGCCCCGGUAUCACCAAGCUGCCUCUCUUGGGGCCCUUGAGUGAGGCCCUUAACCCUCUGUGCUCCAGGGGCGCUGUAACAUGGCUGACCUGUGCCCUGACACCAGCUUCCAAACAUCUUUGGGAAAUGAGAAGAAAGAAUUUCACGAGUAUAAAGCUUUCUUUCUCUCUCUCUCUCUCUCUCUCUCUCUCUCUCUCUCCAGAGUGUUAACACAGUUUGGGACACACUAUUAGUUUCUCUUUGGUUGCUGGAGCAUGACAUUUUCCCUUAAUUUUAAACUAAUAGACCCCAAACCCGUUCCUGCAUUUCAAUGCCCCUGUGCACAAAACCAGCUCCAUGAAGAUCUGCUUUCCAUGGGUUGGAGUGGAAGAUCUCCUGCUACAGAGCUCUGAACCCUAUUAAACACAUUUGGAAUGAAUAUGAACGCUGACUGCACCCCAGACCUCCUCACCUUCUCACCUCCAUCAGUACCUCCUGAAUCUCCACAAAUCUCCAUAAAAUCUUCCCAGAUGUGUGGAUGUUCUUAUCACAGCGAAUGGGAACUGAAAGAUCUGUUGUUCAGGUUGUCCACAAACUUUUGGCGAUAUUUUGGCGAUAUCACUGAGAAUCGAACCGUUUCUGCUUUUUAUGUUCGUGUUCUUAUAAUCGUUUAAAAUAAAAGAGCAGGUUGUUGGUUUUAUAAAUUUCUGUUUGAAAAGAUGAAAUUUGCCUCAUUUCCUGGCAGAUUGUUGAUUCAGUCAUCGGUUUUAAUCACGGCUGAAGAAACGUCCACAUUUUGUAUUUAUUCUGAGUAAAUUGGUGAAGAAUGAAGUGUGGAAGAAACCAGCGAUGGUGUGAACGUGUGGAGAUGUUCACCUUUUAUUCAAAAUUUCAAACAGACGUUAAACAAUAUGGACGUUGAUUUAUUUUUUUGUUUGUUUAUAUUUGGUAUGAAGUAAAGUUUGACGCUGCUUUCACACUUUUCCCCCCUCAACUGUUUACGUUUAAUUAUCAUGGAAUUUUCUCCUCCUCUUUAUCCAAUCAGAUCGCAGCUCUGAAAACAAGAUGUGGAAAAAAACACGUAGGACGAAGCGAGUCGUAUCAACGAGUAAAUUAAAUUUACGACACCUUGAAUUAAAAGUAUUUUCCGAACACGUGACGUAUUUAUGACAAGCAGCUCAAACUCUGCAUAAAGCAACAGCAAAAUGUUAUUAUAAAUCUAAUUUGAACUAGCGCACAUGCUAGGCUAGUUUGUUAGCUUGUAUUAGCAAAGAAUGAGGGGUUAAAUGUAUGAAAGCAGCCUGACUUUGUUUUUUAUGAUCGAUUGCACUGUUCAGUACUGCACUAGAUCAGCAUCGGCGCCGUACCCGCGAGGACACGCCUCCAUCUGGCCCGUUAGCCUGAACGUCGCGGCGUGUGUUAGCGAGGAUCGCUGUGAUUUCCUGGUGUUUAGGAAUCUGCUUUUUUUCUGCACUAUGAUUUGUUUACUGAUACCUGAGAAAUCACUGCCCGCUGACACUGUUCUUUAUAACUCGUUUUUUUGCACUCUGAUGUUUUUCUAAUGUUUUCUGAAGAAUAAUUAGCGUCGAUUUGGACUUUAUUUUCUGCGGUGUGACUGACGUGCAGCUUCUCUGAUCUCCUGUAAUGUUACGAUCCUGUAAUAGUAAUAAAUAUGAUGUUUAUAAAGCA